AUCAGAUUUGAUACGAACGAGUACUUGCGGAUCUUUUUAUUAUUUUAAGAAUAAAAUUCGCAUUAUUCUCUGCAUUAACACCCGUUUAUAUUGCUUAAUUAAAUUUUUAAAUUUUCAUUUCACGGAUAUCUAUGAUUUUUUAAUUAGCAUUAAAGACAUUUUAGUCAUAUCUCUAUGUCUCUUGCAUUUGCAUAUUAAAUAUUUUAUAAAAAAAUCAUCUCUAGAAUCUGGAUGUACUGGAGGACGGGGCUAUUUUUAUUUAUAAUUGAAUAAUUAAAUUGAUUUAAUUAUUUAUUUAUGGAUAUUUUCUGGCUUCAAUAAUUCAUUGUCACUCGGAGGUUCUGUUGAGAACAAUAUUAGCAUGAUGGGGGAAGAGGUAAUGAUUGAAAGAUUGAAAAAUCUUGAGAGGAUUUUGUUGAACAAAUCAACAAAACUUCAAGUUGAUGGACUUCUGGAUGGUUUUCAGGCCUUGUUUGAUGAUUGCAAUUUUCCAGCUAUCAGGAGGAACAAAAAUGUUGAUGCCUUCAUAAAUAGAUAUGACCCUUAUGUACGGGACGUGAACAAGAGUCGCAUGCACUAUGACGACUACGAGAUGAUCAAGACCAUUGGCCGAGGAGCUUUCGGGGAAGUCAGACUUGUUAGAAACAAGUUGACCAAAUCUGUCUACGCCAUGAAAAUGCUUAGCAAGUUUGAAAUGAUAAAGAGGUCUGAUUCUGCAUUCUUCUGGGAGGAGAGAGAGAUAAUGGCGCAUGCAAAUAGUGAUUGGAUUGUUAAGUUACACUAUGCCUUCCAAGACCCAAACUACCUGUACAUGAUAAUGGACUACAUGCCAGGAGGGGACCUCGUGAACCUCAUGAGCAACUACGACAUCCCCGAAAAGUGGGCCAAGUUCUACUGCGCCGAGGUCGUCCUCGCCCUCGACGCCAUCCACAGCAUGGGCUUCAUUCACAGAGACGUGAAACCAGACAACAUGUUGUUAGAUCGUGAGGGCCAUCUUAAACUGGCGGACUUUGGAACUUGUAUGAGAAUGGACCAGUCCAAUGAACCGUAUUCGAACGCCGGCAUACCUUCUGUCGGAUCGCAAAUCCUAACGAUUAAGAAAACUAACGAUUCUUAA